UCAUAGCAAUUGAAGAAUAUAGAAAAUGUCGAACAGUUUGAAUUUCAACAUGGAAACUGGUUAUUUAGAAGGAUUAGUGCGUGGCUUUAAGAAUAGUUUGCUAUCUCAAUCCGAUUAUCUAAAUUUAACAGAAUGCAAUACCCUGUCAGAUCUAGUGCUCAAUAUACAAAACACAGACUAUGGUCCAUUGCACAACACCGAAGCGAAUUUGGAUGUGGAAUCGAUUGAGAAGUGUCUGCGAAAGCGUAUUGUAAUAGAAUACAAUUAUAUUCGGGAAAAUUCGACGGAGCCUUUGAGCACAUUCCUCGAAUAUAUACGAUAUGAGCAUAUGAUCGAUAAUGUUGCAUUGCUGAUGACCGGCCUGAUCAAUCAUCGUGAUAUAAAAAAACUGAUGCCCAUGUGCCACCCAUUAGGGCUAUUCGACCAAUUGGAGGCCAUUGAGGUGGCGAGCACCAUAGAGGAGCUAUACAAUGUGAUCCUGAUCGAUACUCCGCUGUCCAAUUUCGUUGCAGAGAACUUGACUCGAUCGGCAAUACAUAAUACGGAUGUGGAGAUCCAGCGUAGUUACCUAUUCAAAGCGUAUAUGGACGACUUUUACAGGUUCUGCAAGAAAGUGGGCGGCACAACGGCCGAAGUGAUGUGCAAACUCUUAGGCUUCCAAGCGGAUCGUCGCAUCAUCGCAAUCACAGUGAAUUCUCUACAAAUUAAUAUGGAGUCCAAGCUACGCCUUAAAUUAUACCCUCAUUGUGGGACACUGUGCCCGCUGACUAGAAGCGCAUUGGCCAUCUGCACGGAGGAAGAUCAAGUGCACACGAUUCUCAACCAGAACAUGACCUAUGCCAACGUCCUGUCCAGCAUCGAGAGGGACACGGAGAAUCUGAUCACCCUCGAGGAUCGCCUCCAAACUUUGGAGGCCAAGAUGCACGUGGACUCGUUUCUGCACCAGUUCCACUAUGGCGUCUUCUACUCCUAUCUGAAACUAAAGGAGCUCGAGUGCCGCAAUAUAGUCUGGAUUGCUGAAUGCAUUUCCCAGCGGCAGAUCGAUAAGAUUAAUGCCUAUAUACCCAUUCCGAACUAUUUGUAA